GCGAUUGGGUGAGAGCUGCGCGCGAACAAAACAUUCGAACAAAACAGCUUCCGCAAUUGAGGAGUCAAGAUACAUGCCAUUUUCAAUGAAAAUCUGUAAAAUAAAUAAACGCAAAUAUGCAAAGCGAUAAAGUUGAAGAACUCACGGACAAGUUAGAAGGAUAUCUUUCUUUAGACACGGGGAAGAUGGACAAAUACGACAGGUACCGGCAGGAGGGGAAGGAGGCUGCCAUGCGUGGUGAGCUGCCUCGUGCCCUUGAGCUGUUUCAGCUGGCUUACCAGCUUCAGCCGAGUGACAAGCUAAAGAAACGGGUCCAGGCCAUACAGAAUCUCAUUCAGAGAGAUGAGGAGGAAGAUGAGGAGGAGGAAGAAUUUGUGGAUGUGAAUGGUAGUGGAUUGAAACUUUAUAAAGGGCUCUACGACAAACUGUAUGACCAUCAGAAAGAGGGUGUGGCAUUCCUGUACAGUCUCUACCGAGAUGAAAGGAAAGGGGGAAUCUUGGCUGAUGACAUGGGCCUCGGAAAGACCAUUCAGGUCAUUUCAUUUUUGUCAGGGAUGUAUGAUGCAGAACUGGCCAAUCAUACCCUGUUAGUCAUGCCAACCUCGCUUAUAAAGAACUGGGUCCGUGAGUUUGCCAAGUGGACCCCUGGCAUGAGGGUGAAAGAGUUUCACGGGGCAAGCAAAGCUGAGCGGAACAGGAACCUGGAACGAAUCCAACGCAAAGGAGGAGUUGUCAUUACCACCUACCAGAUGCUCAUCAACAACAUUGAGCAACUUGCAUCAUAUGACCAGCGUGAGUUCAAAUGGGACUAUGUCAUCCUGGACGAGGCCCACAAAAUCAAAACCUCAUCCACUAAGACUGCUAAAAGUGCUCACGCCAUACCUGCUAGACAACGUGUGUUACUUACGGGCACUCCAGUACAGAAUAACCUACGAGAGAUGUGGGCGCUGUUUGACUUUGCUUGCCAGGGGUCACUGCUAGGAACCUCAAAAACAUUCAAAACCGAAUAUGAGAAUCCAAUCACACGUGCAAGGGAGAAAGAUGCCACGCCUGGGGAGAAAGCUCUUGGAUUGAGGAUUUCUCAGAACUUGAUGGACAUCAUCAAACCUUACUUUCUCAGGCGGACCAAAGCAGAUGUUCAGCACAAAAAGCAAAAACAAGAAGAAGGCUAUCAUGAUGAGGAAGAUCAAGAGAACAAAUGUCCAAAUGCUAGCGAAGGUGCAGAGAUGCCAUCGCUGACACGAAAAAACGAUCUCAUUGUGUGGACAUACCUCAGCUCGGUGCAGGAGGACAUUUAUAAUCAGUUCAUCUCACUGGAACAUAUUAAGGAGUUGCUGAUGACUAACAGGUCGCCGCUGGCAGAGCUCACGGUUUUGAAGAAGCUCUGUGACCAUCCCAGACUGCUUUCCAAUCGAGCUGUGACUCAGCUAGGCCUGGAGCAAGGUUCUGCCUUUGACUCCAUCCAUCCAGACAUUGAGAGCGAGUCGGCUGUGAGUCAGAUCGAUUACAUUUCAGAUGACACUUUGGUUGCAGAGUCAGGGAAGCUGCAGUUUCUUGUGUCUCUAAUGGAAUGUCUCCGUGAAGAAGGGCAUCGGACCCUGAUCUUCUCACAGUCGAGGAAGAUGCUUGACAUCAUGGAGCGUGUCCUGCGUAACAGAAACUUUCGCUUGCUGCGCUUGGAUGGCACAGUGACACAACUGGCCGAAAGGGAGAAGCGUAUCACGCUGUUCCAGACAGACAAACGCUACACAAUCUUCCUCCUCACCACUCAGGUGGGUGGAGUCGGCAUCACGUUAACCGCAGCAAACCGUGUCGUGAUCUUUGACCCCAGCUGGAACCCUGCGACAGAUGCUCAAGCUGUGGACCGUGCCUACCGAAUUGGCCAAACUGAAAAUGUCCUCAUCUACCGACUCAUUACCUGUGGCACUGUGGAGGAGAAGAUCUACCGCAGACAGGUGUUUAAAGACUCUCUCAUCCGGCAGACAACCGGAGAUAAGAAGAACCCGUUCCGAUACUUCAGCAAGCAGGAGCUACGUGAACUGUUUAAACUUGAAGACACACGUUCUUCCUCCACUCAGCAGCAGCUUCAGGCGAUGCACGCACAAAACCGCCGUUCUGACACCAAUCUGGACCAGCACAUCGCUCGCCUUUACAGCAUGGAGAUGUUCGGCAUCUCCGACCAUGACCUCAUGUUCACUAAAGAGGCAGCAGCCGAUGAAGACAUCCCUGAAGAUGCAGAGUCCCAUAAUUACAUACAAACACGUGUCCAGAAAGCACAAGAACUCAUGCAGGCAGAAUCAGAACUUCACGGCCAGCUCAUGGACAGCAUGGCCCAGAACACUGAACCGGCUUGGCUCAGGCAAACAGGGCAACCGAAAUCUGCUGGAAGAGACCGCCCAGCCCCUCCCCGUAUAAAAAAUGGGCCGGUGACAGUGGAUCUGACUCAUAACAGUUUUGAUGAGCCAGAACUGGAGGAAGAUGAGCAGAACUCUCUGCCAGUUGAGGAAGUGGUAGAGGUUGUAGAUGAAGAAGUGGAAGUUGUAGGUGAAGAAGUGGAAGUUGUAAGUGAAGUGCAAGUGGAAAAGGAGUCUCCUUGUUCUGGUGGAGAAAGAAACGUGCAUGUUCUAAAGACUGAGGUUAGCCCUGUUGCCGACAAGCUAGCUCACAAUGUGAUCACGUUGGAUGACAGUUCAGAUGAGGCGGACAGUAAUGCAGCAUCUGAGCAUCAAUACUCACAGCACAGCUUCUCAAGUCCUUCUCACCAGUUUCCAAAGUUAGAAGAACUUUCUUCAGCAUCUGAUGCUCUUGAUAAUAGAGAGGUUCAGACGGAAGAGCCCCUUUCCACUGUCCUUUCGUUACCCCCUUCUCUACAUGAGGCCACAGCUGGAAAGUCUUUUCAAGCAGAGGUGGAAAUGCUUCAGGGAAACUUCAACCUGCAGCUGGAGGACAGUGCAGAUAUGUUCUCCGUUGAAGAAGAGGAAGUUUGUGAAGUGGAGGAGUCGGUAGCAGAGGAAAGUCCUGAGUUUCAACUUCAGAUGGACAUCAGUGGAGAAAGGCUGGAAGAAGCAAGUAUCCAUGAUAGCAGACAAGAUAGUAAACAAACCAACAGUGAAAUCAGUAACUAUAACAACAGCGAGGUCAGCAAGCAUGAAUCUCUUUUGAGGAUCCGUUCUGCUCCGGACACACCUGCGGAUGACUCCUUUGUACAUUCUGUUCGGAGAAAGAAAAGGCAGAUUAUCUCUGACACUGAAGAAGAAGAAGAGGAGGAGGAUGAAUCGGAGAAGCCAUGUUUAACUAGCAGUCCAUUAGCUGAUGACCUCAGCAGGUUGGGCACUUCCACACCGAAAUCCACUUUUACUGACGGAGCUCGACUCCGCCGCAGCUUGAACACUUCUGUGGCAUCAAGAAGGUCCUUCGUUGUGUCCAUGCUGGAGAAUGAAUCUGAUGAGGAGUCAGCAGAGCCCAGUGAAGAUAAAUCCAAAUCCUUUGAGACAUCUGAAGCCAGUGAGAAUCGUGAAUCAGUGGAGGAAGAGGAGGACCUCAGUAGAGGUGAAACCAAAUCCAAUGAGAUAUCUGAAGCCAGUGAGACUCGUGAAUCAGUGGAGGAAGAGGAGCCACCCAAUGGAGAUAAAACCGAAUCCUAUCAGAUAUCUGAAGCCAAUGAAACACAUGCAGAUGAGUCGCUGGUGGAAGAAGAGGAGCCCAGUGGAGAGACUUUAAACACAGAUGAGUCCAAAAGCGACGAGGAAUUUGAGGAGGUGGAAGACAGUGUGGAGUCAAGAGGAGACCAGGAAUGGCACAGCGCUCUGCUUGAAUCCACUGCUGAUGUUGAGCUAGGCUCUAGUGAAAUGAUGGACCAGUGUGCCCCUAAAACAUUCCCUCCUGGAAUGCACAUUCUUCCUGUUAGCUCCACAAGCAGUGACGUGACUGCUGCUAAAGCCUCUGAGAACAUAUAUGAGUCGUUGGUCCUGUCUGGGAAGCAGAGUUUGGCGGAGGGAAGAAAGCAGGAAGCUCUGGAUUUCUUUCUAAAGGCAAUAGACAUUAAUACUGGUGACGCUGAGAUCCAACUCUUGAUUAUUCAGUUGUAUAGGCAACUUAGCCAAUAGGGAAAUUAAAAUGUACACAGCGAUAUAAGACUUUAUCAUAUCUGUACCGUGUUGGCAAACUGUUUGUCAUGCCUUUUUCUCUCUGCUUGUUAGUAAAAAGAAAUUGCAGAUUGAAUGUGACUGAAACAUACAGAACUGACCAGAGGAACUAGUUAAGAAAAAUGUUGUGUAUGCUAAUAGUGUUCUUGAAAUACUGAAUUUUCCCAGUAGUUCCUCUGAAUGUUUAUUUGUUUAUAUUGAUUUGUAUGUUUCUUUGGUUUACACAAAAAAAAAAAAAAAAAAAACUGUUCAAUUUACUAUAUUCUGACAUAUAGAUUGUGGAGGGGGGGAAAUAAAUUCUUAAAGGUUUCAUAGCUUGUUUUCUGCAUGAUUUUUCCAGAUAUAAAUCUAUAUUCUUAUUUUCCACAUUAACUUCAUUUCAGGUGAGAGUUUCUAACUGUUUGUACCACUUAAUAAAUGACCAGAAGCUCUUGUCUAAAAA